AUGAACUAUGAUGUCAAAUUUUGCUAAGUAGUCAAAGAUUAGCAAUUGCAAUUUAAUAAUCAAAUUUAAGAAUAAGAUCAAUGGUUUAUAACUUAUGGGGAAUGUGCAUCUGGGAAGACAACUGCAAUGUUCAGAGAAGAUGGAGUUAUUCAACAAAUCGGGUAGAUUUACAUAGACAACUAAAAACAAUAGGAUGUUUCACUUAGUAUGAUUGAGAUAAGAGAAACUAAGUUAAUUGAUUUAUUCACUUAAUAGGAGGUGAAAUUGAUCACUUCAAACUAGAGUUUUAAUUGCUUGAAUUUAAAAAAAGUCCCAAUAUAGAAUAUGGAUCAAUACUUAUAAAUUAUUAAAUCAGGUUAUAAGAAUAGAACUUAGGGCGAUUGUAUGCUCAAUAACAUUUCUACAAGAUAUCCCAUGAUAGUUAAAUUGGAUUUCGGAAAUUUUGCUAUUCAAUUUGUUGAUUUAGUUGGUUCUCAAAAGGCUAUUUAUUGUUCACCAAAAGCUAUUAAAGAAAUUACUUUUAAUAAUAAAGCAUUAGGCUAGAUUUAAAGUAUUUUGAAUACAAAUGAUGAGGCUUAGAGAUUACUAUUAUGCAAUACACAUCUGGUUACAAAGGUAUUAAAAAAUGCUUUUCGCAAUACUUCAUUGACUAAUUUGAUCGUUUGUGUAUCGGCUGCUAAUAUUUUUGAAAAGGACACUUUGAAGAUAUUGAAACAAAUUAAAGGAUUAUGA